AUUGCACUUCGCUGUUAUUUCCGCCAUCAUUUAUGAGUAUAGACUGUGAAGUCCACACUUCCUAAAACAGUCACGGCAAUGCCUUGCUGCCGGCUGCUACUAUUAUUGAAACUCAUUAACUCUUUGGCUACACGUAAGACGGAAACAUAGGGAAGCUGUUUUGCCUGCCUGCACCGUACCUGCCCAGCUCUGUGUGCAGCUGCUUUCGCUCGCUACGGAAGACUUGGCUCGUGUGGGCGUAUUUUGCUUUCAAGUAAGUUUGACUUACCGUAAUGCUCCGGAGCAGUUUGAGCUGUAACUGACAAGACAGACGUUUAUUGUGACGCCAUAUUCCACGGGAAAACCAGCUGUGUAGUGGGAGAACCGGUCGAGGCACAGCUGUCAGGACGGAUUCACCAGAGUCCGGCUAACUGCAGCAGCAGCUCAGCAUGUCAGGUAUUACAGCCAGCACAACAAACUACCUGUGGUCUUUACAAGAUGUCCUCGGUCAAGGGGCCACUGCCAGUGUCUACAAGGCUCGCAACAAGAGGUCGGGUGAGCUGGUAGCCGUCAAGGUGUUCAACACAGUGAGCUACAACCGCCCCCAUGAGGUCCAGAUGAGAGAGUUUGAGAUGCUGAGGAAGCUCAACCACAGCAAUAUUGUCAGGCUGUAUGCUGUGGAAGAGCUCCCAUCUAAACAGAAGGUACUGGUGAUGGAGUAUUGUUCAGGGGGAAGUCUGCUCAGCCUGCUAGAGGAGCCAGAAAAUGCCUUCGGCCUGCCUGAAACAGAGUUCCUCACAGUCUUGCAGUGUGUAGUGCAAGGGAUGAACCACCUGCGCGAAAAUGGAGUGGUGCACCGGGACAUUAAGCCAGGCAACAUCAUGCGGCAGGUCGGGGAGGACGGCAAGUCUGUUUAUAAGCUGACUGACUUUGGGGCAGCAAGAGAGCUGGAAGAUGAUGAGAAGUUUGUGUCUAUCUACGGAACUGAAGAGUAUCUGCACCCAGACAUGUAUGAACGCGCUGUGUUGCGUAAGCCUCAUCACAAGUCCUACGGUGUGAAUGUGGACCUGUGGAGUAUUGGUGUGACGUUUUACCACGCUGCCGCCGGGAGUCUUCCCUUCGCACCGUUCGGGGGACCACGCAGGAACAAGCCCACCAUGUUCAAAAUAACCACAGAAAAGCCUAUGGGGGCAAUAGCUGGAAUACAGCGGGUGGAGGAUGGGCCUAUAGAGUGGAGCUACCACCUACCUCACAGCUGCCAGCUCUCACAGGGUCUGAGGGUGCUGCUGGUUCCAGUACUGGCAGGUAUACUGGAGGCUGACCAGGAGAGGUGUUGGGGUUUUGACCAGUUCUUCACGGCCACCACAGACAUACUGCAGAGGCAGCCAGUUCACCUCUUCUCUCUGCAACAGGCCAUGGCGCAUUGCAUCUACAUACACCACUACAACACGGUGUCAAUAUUCUUUGAGGAAGUGGCAUCUCAGACUGGUAUAGGAGUCCAGCUGCAACAUCUGCUCUACCUGGGUCAUGACCUCCCUCUGGAGGGCAGCAUGAAGGUGGUCAACCUCCCCCGUACUUCACCUGCCCAGCCCCUCAUUCUGCUCAGCUACGAGCCUGAAGCAAAUACCAACCUGCCCUUUAGAGAACCAGAGACACCAGUCAUCCCAUCCAGGUUUGAUGUUAUGGUAGACUACAACUUCUCCAAGGUAAUAGUGGGAGUAGUCCACCAGUAUCUGAGGAUAGUACAGUUGCUGCACACACACCGAGAGCUGCUGCUGCAAGGAUACUACAGCUACAUGAUGAGGUUGCGGAGGGAGUGCGAAGAAGCAGUGCACAGUAUCACGAUGAUCACCUUUAGACUGCAGUCUUGCCUCACGGUUGUACUCAGGACUAGCAGACUAAACCAUUACGCUUCAGAAAACCCAGGUCCAGCUGACAGCAGGCAAAAACUGGAUCUGGUCAACCAGCACUUGCCUAUUUAUGCCGCUGGAAUCAAAGAGUUUCAGAACCGACUGGACCAUCUGCAGAUUGAACAGGCUAAGUUAUCAGAGACACUGGCCAAUGACAAGAGCUGUCAGAAGAUGGAGAUGCUGCUGAAGAAGAUAACAGCAAUUCAUCAGCAUUAUCGUAAAGACAGACAAACUGGCAAGCUGGCAUACAACGACGAGCAAAUCCACAAAUUUGAGAAAAUCCACCUGUCGUCCCACAUUAAGCGAGUGAAAUCUCUCCUUAGAGAGGACUGUGUGCAGAGAUACAAAGAGCUUUUGGCCUCGACGAGGACUUGGAGCAGUGUUUUACUGGAGAUGCAGACCCGCCUGCAGGACUUCAGGUCUUUUUCCAUAGGCUUACUGGCAGACCUGGAGAUGACUGAGCAGCAGCAAAAUAAGGCUCUGGACAUUAUGCUUAUCAAUCUACAGUCCAAGCAAGUGGGACAAGAGUUUGGAAUCGCACCCAGGGACAAGGACCAGAUGGUCUCUAGGAUGCACCAUCUGAAGGAGGAAAUGGAGAUGUUGGUGAGGGAACUACAGUGUAACAACAGCGUUAUUGAGAGUUUGGGAACAGUGAACUCUGCAGCACCUCUGGAGCCGAGCUUGGCCAGACCUUCUACACUGUGAAAAAACUGUAGCAUCUUUGCAUCUUACUCACAAAUACACACACAAACUCUAUGUGAAGCACCUACUUUUAGCUGCCACUCAUGAACAGUUACGGACAAUAUGCUGGAUCUUCUUUCAAGGACCGGCUGCAGCCUGUGCUGUAUGAAGAGUAAGCAGCUGAAGACAAUCAAUAAAAUGUGGAUCUCAAUUUAGAGAUAAGAUGUACAGAGAGGAGGAGGGAACGUCACUGAUGGAUUUUUACUCAGUGUGUAUAUCUGUGUGUGGUGUGUGUGUGUGUGUGGCUGGCAACUGAGUUCAGCAGCUCAAUACAAACCUCAUUAAUGCCUUUAGUGUUAUUGUAUUUCUAAUAGGCUGCCACAGUGAUGGACCAUCAGGAAAAAGCAAAAUGAAUGCCAAGUCAGCUGCUCGAGAGUUGUUUCCUCUUUGUCCCACAGAAGAAGCACUGCAGAAUCUGGAGGACUUUAAAUGAUUCAUUUAACCAGACUGACACUAUAUCUCUCCGUCUGUGUAUGUCUGCGUGUCUUCUGUCUGUGUUUGUCGAAGGCUGGAGACCUCUGCUGUCUUUUCCCCAUAAUGGUUGAUCAUUCAAAUGCUUUCAUGUGACUUGAUCUCUAGGUUUACUUCAAGAAUAUCAUUGUAAAUUCAGUGAAUGGUGAUUGAUUACAUCAUUGAUUGUCAACUUCUCCAUGCACACAGCACUGUUGCUUUGAAGUGACAUUUGUCUCUCCUCCUGUUGAUGUUUAACGUGAAUGAUAAGUUAUUUUUUUGUAUUUUAUCGUAGGUUUUUACUGUAAAAGAGAAGAAACAAAAUCAGGGAAACCCAGUGCUAACCACAAUGUCUCCUUUUUAGCUGAAGUACACCGUACGGCAAAUUAACGCUAUGAAAUGACAUUAGCCAGCCAGUGUGGUUCACGUGGUGGGGAAAUCCCUGGGUUUAUUUGUUUAUAAAGGGAUCUCAGGUGAUACACAAGGUCAGAGGACAUUGACAAUUAUACUUUUGUCCUACUUAAAGACUAUUUUGCCAUGUUUUUAGUCUCAUGUGUUUUGUCUUGUGAAAUGAUUGAAAGAUUAUCUCAGUGGAAGUAGUAACAAAGAUAGAAAAGUAAAAGUAAAAACCA